UGCAGUAGCUGCAAGAUGGCGGACCGAGGAGAAGAGGCAGAGAGUGAGGAUGAACUGUAUGAAGUGGUGGACAUUACUGAAUAUGCCAGACAACAUCAGUGGUGGAGUCGGGUCUUUGGAAGCAACACGGGACCAAUAGCUGAAAAGUACUCAGUGGCUACACAGAUCAUGAUGGGCGGUGUAACAGGCUGGUGUGCUGGGUACCUCUUUCAGAAAGUUGGGAAAAUUGCAGCAACUGCAGUUGGUGGAGGAUUCCUUUUGUUACAAAUUGCCAAUCACAGCGGGUAUGUGCAGGUGGACUGGAAAAAAGUAAAGAAGGAUGUCAAUAAAGCUAAAAAGCAUUUAAAGAAGAAAGCCAACAAAGCAGCUCCAGAGUUCAGUUCUUUCAUUGAUGAGUCCACAGAAUUUGUGAAGAGGAAUAUUGUUGUCUCAAGUGGAUUCGUUGGAGGAUUUCUUUUGGGUUUGGCAUCCUGAAUCAUUGCUGAACUAUACAGACCAGCUCUCUUCAUCCACAGACAUUUCACACCAUUAUAUUAAGUUUCUGAGACAGAAAGAGCUACCUACCACUUAACCCUUAAUUGGUUUAAGUUUGCUGUAGUGAUUUGAAACAGUACUGUGAAACUGAGUUGAACUACUGCCAUUUGAAGAAAAAAAGUUACACCUUAACUUAUGUAAACAACAUGAAUGUUACUGUAUUCAUUGUUAUACACACAUUGAUCAGUGUUGUUGAUGAGAUACAUAAUGUUAACCCCCCCAGGCCCAGGGCUGUUUAUGUAUUAUAAGUUAGGCCUUUAUUCAUCUGUGAAGGAUUGAACCUGUCCUAUAUACUGUAUUUAGUUUUUUGAGCACUGCUUGAUUGUGUAUUUCUUGUUUAUUUUUUAAUGUGUUUUAUGCAUAAAAUUUGGGUGCCAAAUGUGUCACUGUAUGUUGGAAACUUGUGUAAAUUAACAAAGUUUAAUGCACCACAAAA